UGUCUGCCAAUAAACAUGGCACCGUCAGUCAGCAAAGAAGAACUGAUGAGGAAUACUGAUUCUGUCAUUUGGGGAUUUAGUGGAGGGACGACUACGCCGGAAUUGGAUGAAACACAGAGAAUAUGUGAGAAAAUAUGGACAGCACUUAAUAGCCGGGUCUGCAAUGUUGUCAUUGUGAUAUUCGUCUUCACCGAAGGAGUAGUAGUUCUGUCUGAAUUACUAGUGGAUCUGAAUGUUGUGCAAGAUCCCGAAUGGAAGCCAAAGACUGUCAACUGUAGUCAAAAUUCUUCUAUUAUGCCAAACGAAAAUGUCAGCCCGAGAAUCAAAAAAGCCAAAGAAGCUUUUUCAUUCUGCAGUAUUACUCUACUGACCAUAUUCAUCAUUGAGGUAAAAAUUAAAACGAAACUUUAA